AUGAAUCAACAGAUGAACGUAGGUUCUGCUCCAGAACUAAUGGAAGAGACGUGGGUUUUGGGGACUCAACCAAGACAACCUUAUAAAUUAGUUGAAGAUUGCCAGCCAGGUGCCCAUCUAUGUCAUUCAAAUCUGCCACCUCAAAGUUUCUGCCCAUUUUCAUCUCAUUAUCCAUACAUGAAUAUGGAUUACAGCAGUGAUUGGGAAAUUUUUGAAGCGAUGAAGGUUCAGGAACUGAAAGAAGUCAAAGCCAGAGCCGCUCAAAUGGAGAAGACCAUGCGCUGGUGGUCAGAUUGCACAGCUAACUGGAGGGAGAAAUGGAGCAAAGUAAGAGGAGAAAGAAACAAAGCCCGAGAGGAAGUGAGACAAUUGAGAAUCAAAUUGGACAGUGUUGUGAAAGAAUUGAGUAUGCUUAAAAAAAUAAAUCAGGAUUUAGUAAGUGAAAAGGAAAAGCUGGAACAUGUAGCCACUUGGAAGACAGAACUCAGUUGCUCAGAAAUAUCUUAUAUUAAAAAAGACCUAAACCAGUUAACGUUUCUGGAACGAGAACCUGUGAAAGAAGUGAGCAAAACCAACAAGAUUGCUGUGGCAGAAGACACAAAGAAGGGUGUAGAGGUAAUCAAUGACCAAAGAAAUCACAAUGCAAAAAUCUCUAUAAAGCCUCCUGAUUCCCUUCCUGAUGGAGAUCCUGGGAUCUGUUUGGAGGAACCUGAAAGAAGUUUGGACAGCAUAGCUAAGACAACAGAGAAUGAUUUAAUACACAUUUCAGUCUUGCAUUUGCAUUUGGCUGAGACGCAGAAAAUCUUACAGAAGGAAAGAGAAAUGAAUGUAUUUCUGGAAAAAGAAAUGGAAAAGAUAGAAAACGAAUUGUUUCUUUGGAAAUGGAAAUAUGAAGAACUGAGACAAACCAAGCUGGAAAGCCUGAAGCAGAUGGAAAGAAUGGAGUUUGAGAAUACCUCUGACUGGGGAAAGAGAGAAAGGCUUGAAACAGAAAAGCAGAGUUCAGAAGAAGAGAACAGAAGAAUGAAGUUGCAGGUAAAAAAAAGAAAUUCAGGGAAUUCUGGUGAUGGAAAAUAAAUGACACUAAUUAAACUAAGUUAUGAUUAUCAAAAUGCAGAAUGUAAACUGCUGGUUAGCAAUAAGAGUAAAGAGACAGAAGAAAGUGAACUCAGGAUAUGGGACCAGACAAAGGUCUUUGUAUGCUGCUGGAGAUUCUACCAAGAUAAUGAGUGA